AUGUCUGAACCUUCAAAUUCCAAAACUUCCAAAUUUCAUCCUGCCUUGUCUGUCACCAACGUGAAGACUCUUAUCCCCAUUAUGUUGGAUUUGGAAUCAGGACAACACCAUUCAUGGGCAGCGUUGUUCAAGGUUCAAGCUAGGGUUCAUGAUGUGCUUGAGCAUAUUAUCCCACCUACGGAGGAAAAGGCAAUUGCAGCGUAUGAAAAGGCCAAAGCCGAUGAUCUCCCUCUCUGGAAGCGGCUUGAUGCAGUGGUCUUUGUUGCUGAUCUCUUUCAGGACAAUAAAAAUUCAAGAGCUAUGUACCUUAAUAAGGAAUUCACCAACACAAGCUUGGCUGAUUUUUCGACGACAACUGCUUAUUGCAAUCGUCUUAAAAGUCUUGCCGAUCAACUAGCCAAUGUCGGGGCUCUCGUCAAUGAACAUGGUAUGGUUCUAAAAAUGCUUCAAGGUUUGACCGAACAAUUCCAAUUUUGUCACUGUGAUUCAAAACAAGAAGACCCUACCUAAUUUUGCUACAG